AUGGAGGAAUCUACAGCUACGGCUACGGCUACGUCUUCCACUCGUUAUUUCUCCAUUUUCACGAAUUACCCUCUGAUUUCCGCCGUCACGGCUUUUACUAUCGCUCAAUUCAUCAAACUCUUCACCUCCUGGUAUAGGGAAAGGAGAUGGGAUCUCAAACAGCUUAUUGGGUCUGGAGGAAUGCCUUCUUCACAUUCAGCCACCGUUACGGCUCUCGCUGUAUCAAUCGGUUUACAAGAGGGCUUUGGUGGAUCACAUUUUGCAAUCGCUUUGGUCUUGGCAUCAGUUGUCAUGUAUGAUGCUACCGGUGUAAGAUUACAUGCCGGUCGCCAAGCUGAGGUUCUCAAUCAGAUUGUAUACGAACUUCCUGCAGAACAUCCGCUGGCUGAAAGCAGACCAUUGCGUGAACUUCUCGGUCAUACCCCUCCGCAGGUUGUUGCUGGUGGAAUGCUUGGAAGUGUCACAGCAGUUACUGGAUACUUGUUCACCAGGAUAGCUACUAGCUAA